AUGUUUUUGCUUUUUCUUGUCUUUAGUAAAUCAGAAGUUGCUCAGUUUUGCGUUUAUACUAAACACAAGAGCAACUGUGAUGGAUUUCCUGAAGAUGUAAUCUAUCCUGAUUCUACAUUUUCCAAAAAUUUAUCAAGUUUAUCCAAAAAGACAAGUCAAUUCGAUAAUUACGACAAAGUAGAAAUCAACAUUGCCGAAGACUUAAGCAAAUCGGAUAUUGAUUUGUUCCUUCUAAAGAACGCUCACCAUAUUUACUUACAAGGCAUCGUAAAUCCACCUCCAUCAUUUGAAUUGAAUGUCAAAGAUGUUACAACACUCGAAAAUCUUACAAUCAAACACUGCAUGUGCGUAAAAGACUCUUCAACGGAGUUUUUCAUGGAAAAUUUGACUCUUUCAGAAGUUCAAUGGUCUAGAUUUGACAAAGCAUCUAUGUUCUAUGGUGGUAUACUGGAAUCCGAUCUCCUCUCCAUUAGAUCAUGUGCAUUUAGGUUUGAUUCAGUAAUUUAUCACGUAAAUUACACUGAAAAAUUUACACCCCAAACAAACAUAUCUUUUGCAGUAUUUACAGCAAAUGUCGAGUUCAGAGACUUCUUGGAUGGCGCUUCUUUGUUCCAAUACGGAAAUCAGUUCAUUAUUACACCAGUCUCGAAAAAGAAUGGCUUUUUCAGAACAAAUUUCAGAUCCACAACCGAUGCAAAUAUUUCUUACAAAAUUUCCCAUAAUAUUCCGGGAUCCACUUUAUAUAUCGGUUCCUGGUUCUCGAAUCGCGAAGCCGUUCUUUCCGAUGCAUACCUAUACACACAGGAUAACUCUGUGAACAUCGGUGGCUUCAAAUGGAACAGAUUUGAAAGAAUAAAUAUUCAAACAAUAAAUUCAACGAUUGUCUUGAAUGAGACACAAGCACAAGUUACUAUACUUGACGGAAGUGAGUCUUCUCAGUUCGAAAUCCUUGGAAAUUAUUCUUUCAAACGUCUUAACUCGAAAUCCUUCAACAACAUCAAUUUCAAGGCUUCCAUACUCAAUAUUGACGAUUUAGCUGUUACAGGAGAUGAUCACGUUGAUAUUCAAGCGGAAUAUUUGAAUAUUAAUACUUUAUCAGCUGAAAACCUUUCAACGACAUCAUUUAAUGACUUCCGAAUUACUAUACACAAUAUUUCCCCUUUAGUUUCUUCUAUUUCGUGCGGAACUUUCGUAUUACCAGAAGAUCUUUUAAUUAACUACAAAGAUUUCGUUCCAUGCAUCACAGCGAAGAAGGUAGAAAGCGGAGAUACAAGGACAAUCGUUGAAUUGGUCCAUAUCGGUGAAAAUAACUCUUUUACAACAGAUUUCAUUCCGAUCAUCACUUCACCGGACAUUUCAGGUGCGACAAUCGCUCCUUACAUCAAAGAAACCGUUUUCCCGAUUCUUUCUUCUGUCCAAGACAAUUCUUACGGAUUUUUGGUUUCAAACUUCAAUAAUCAUAGAAUUUCGCAGUUCUGCGUAUCAGAUGAUGGCGAAUCUACAUGUUCCCAGUCCGAAAUCAUCAAAUCCAAGUCAAAUAACUUGAAUGAGAUGAUAUCUUCGACAGAAUUACCUUCUGACUACUUCUUUAUGGCCAAUAUCAAGGUAUUCUUGGAUACUGAAUCGAAAUUUACUGUUGCUUCACCUUCAAAUUUCGAAGAAAUUUCGGUAUUUGGUCUUAAACCGAAUUCCAACGUUUAUAUCCAGACACCAUCAGUUAUUUCAACAUCUUCAUAUACCAAUUUGAGUGUUUCCAUCAAUAAUGAGAAGGAAAAUCCCGAAAUUAACUCAAUUUCACUUUAUAACUGCACAAUUGAUGAUUUUAUCGCUUCCAAGUUGUCAUUUGACAACAUCUAUUCCUUCUCAACUGAUGCUACCACUUAUUCCCUGUUUUCACAUCCUUUGGAACCGAAAAGAUUAAAUAUCAACUCUCCAACCAUUGUUUUCGAUGCCAACACCAUCAAACCGAAUCUCCCAGUUGACCAGGACAUAAAUGCACGUACAAGAAUCGAAAUAAGAGGCGUAAAUACCAUAUCUGGAAGUGGUGCCUUUAAAUCUGAACUGAAAGUGAUCGUUGUCCCUGAAAAAGAGAUUCACUUCACCACGAACACUUAUGGCAACCUCAGUUUCAUCAUUUAUUCCUCAAUUGAAACUGAUAUUUAUUAUAAAGCGAAUCUUCCAGCAGAUUUAUACGAUUCCGGGCCAAAUACGAAGUACCACUUACAUCCCAAUUUCCUUGGCAUUGAAAUUACCUCAUCAUCCCGUUUCUGUACAAAUUAUCUUGAUAUUGAUUUGGCUCCUGACCAGAAUAUCAUCUUCUCUCAGAACAAUUUGCUAUGUAACAAGAAAGCCAAGAUCGGAAUACCCACGGAAAUCGCAAUGUUCAAAGCCUACGUCGCAGGAGUCCUCGAUAUUCCGAAAUUAACCAUCAGAAGACAACUUUACAUGGAUCCGGACACUUAUUUGAGGGCCACAGAAUUUUCCAAUCCCGACGAUGACUUCCUUUUGUACUUUAAUUGGUCAUUGAACAAAAUGCCGUACUUUAGGAUCGAUAACUACAUGGCAGAGAACAUUACAUCGUAUCUACCAACAAUAGAGACCUAUGUAUACCCUUCAGAUGAUGAUGAUUACAUAAAAGAAAAUUCAGAUAUUUUCUCUCUCGGUAUUCCUUACCUUUGCAUACUCGCAUCUGAGUUCAAAGGUAAUAUAUUCAGAGAAGGACUCGUUUUCCACGUAGAUAAUGAGACUUCAAACGUUGCAACAGUAUUCAAAAAAGUUGGUCUUCAAUCUGAUGCAGAUAUAUGCGCUUACGUCAUUCCUUAUGAAGAUGGAGUAGUACCUGACCACUCUAAGGGUCCGAAAAACCCUACUCCUUUCAUUAUUAUGAUUGUUAUCUCUUUCUUGAUGGUUAUCUUCAUAGUAGUCGCUUAUGUUUAUUCAAUGUACUUCAAACAUAGGAAACAGGCUAAGAAAGACUUGGGUAUCGCUUCAAAUGAAAAUAGUAUUCAAGAAGUGUUAUUGAAUGAUAGCACAUACGUGUAA